AUGAGUAGGAGGAGCCUCCGUAGCCUUGCGGCUAAGUCAGUGAGGUCUCGAUGGCACUCUCAAGAGUCGACUUCAAGGUCUCGAUGGGAAAUGGAAGACGUGAGUUCAGUAUGUUCACGGCUGUGCUACUGUGGAAAGUUGUCAAAAUGCAUACAUCGUGGACGGUUUCUCAUCCUGGAAGGAGGUUUCAAGUAUGUGCAAGGUGGAAGAGGUUUGAUGUAUUAUACAUCAGUUAUGGCAGACAUGGUCGUUUUCCAUUUCAUCAUGGUUUCCAUAGGCUAA